GUUUAGAUCAUAUCUGGUUAUUCAUUAUUUGGAUUUAAUUAUGGAUUCUAUAUACUCUUCAGCUAAAGCAAUUAUAAGUCGAGCACAACCAAGUUUAGAUGGUGGAAUUAUAACAUUUACACUUAAUAAUUUAAUAAAAUUACCUUCAUCUAAUCAUUAUAAUGAAAGUUCAUCACAUACAGAAGUUACAAUUAUUGAUCAUAUUUUAUCAACUUAUUCACGUACUGGUUAUGCAUUAGGUAUUGUAUGUGCAUUAUUAUGGACUAUAUUAUUAAUUAUUGCUUCAUGUUUAACAUGUCGUCAACGUAAACGUAUAAAAAAACGUUCUGAAACAUUAUUAUAUUUAGCUCCUACAGAAAAUCAUACAUUAAAUACAUCUAGAGAAACGAUUGAAAUUGCAUUACAUAAAAAACAUUCACCAAAAUCAACAUUUUAUAAAACACGUGAACGUUUACAAUCUAAUUGGAUAUGUCUUGCUAUACAAUUUUCAUUAUUAACUAUUUUAACAAUUUUAUUAGGUAUAGCAGUUUUACUUGGUUUUGCUGCAUGUGGUCAAUUACAUACAAAUUUAGUAUCAUCACCAACAUAUGAAGAAUCAUUUGGACGAUUAUUAACUACUAAUGAAUUAAUACAAACUAAUCCUGAAAAAACUCAUGUAUUCCCACGUAUAUUAAGAGCAUUAGCACAAAUAAAAAUAUAUUUAAAUGAAUUUAUUCCACAAACUAAAAUUGAUAUUGAACCUAUUAUAAAAAAUCUUAUAAAAGCAACUGAAUUAAUGCAAGAUCGUAUGACAAAUGAAUUUAAUACAAUAUUAUUUAAUCAAAUUGGUAUUACUGAAGCAUUUGAACUUGGUGAUAUUUUAGGUGAACAUGUUAUUACAUUAAUGACAAAAUAUAUUUCUAUUGUACAAUCAAAUAAUGCAUUUAAACAUAUAUUUGAUCGUUUAAAAAUUGAAUUUCAAACAUGGUUACAUUUAAUGAAUAUAGAAAAUUUUAAUAAUAAUAAUAUUAUUCAUUGUAAUGAACAAUGUAAUGAAUUACGUUCAACAUUUUAUAAUAAUAUAACUAUAAGACCUGAUUCAUUUAUGCCUGAUAUUAAUUUUGCUAUUGCAUUAAAAUUUUUAACAACUGAUCGUAAUCAAACAGCUGAAAAUAUACAAAAUCAAUUAAAUUAUGGUAAACAAUUAUCUAAACAACAAUUAGAAAAUACAAAAAUAAUAAUGAAUCAACAAAUUAAUAUACCACAAUCAAUACGUAAUAUAACUAAUAAACAAUGGAAUCAAUUUACACCAUAUUUAUAUCAAAUUAUUGAAAAAAUCGAUAAACUAUCUAUAUAUAUUAUAAGAUAUAUAUUACCAAAAGUAACAUCAAUAUCGAAUCUUUUAUUAACAUUUAAUUUAUUAUUUUGGUUUAUUAUAUUAUUGAUUACAAUUAGUUUAAUAUGGUUAAUUAUACGUUAUCAUUUUAUACCAACAGAGAUUAGUAUAGAUACACGGAAUCGUAUACGUUUAGGUGCUAGUAUUGGAUUAUGUAUAUUAGCUAUUAGUAUAUUAUUAGCAUGUAUAUUUUAUUUAAUUGGUGGUUAUUUUUAUACUGAAGGUUGUCGUUAUAUAGAUCCUGAACAAAAUAUAAUUAAUAUAACAGAUUAUGAUCCUAUACAUCAAUAUACUAUUCAACGUAUUAUGUUCCCUAUUGAUUCACAUAUUAAUAGUUAUAUUAAUCAUCAUUGGUCAACAAUUUUAUCUAUAGCUAAUCAAUAUACACAUAUGCCUAUACCACAUAUACGUAGUCCAAUUUAUGGUAUAUUACAUAAUUGUCGUUAUAAUCAAGGUAUAUUAAAAGCAAUGAAUAGUAUUGAAGAUUAUAAUAUGAAAUCAUUAAAUGAUCCAGAAAUGUCUAAACGUUUUAUUCAUCUUGGUAAAGAGAUUAUGAUUAAUUCAUUAAAAUCAAUUAAUGUUAAUGAAAUGUUCCCUAAAGAAACUGAUGAUAAUUUAGCUAUGGCAUCACGUUUAGAUGAUUUUAUUGUAAAUUAUAAUGAAGUACGUUUAAAAUUACCUAAAACUUAUAUUAGUAUACAAUCAUCAUCAUCAAUAGAUCAUGAUAAUAAUAAUAAUCAUAAUCAUAAUUAUAUAUUAUGGCCAAUAGAAAAUAUGUGGAAACAAUGGGAUAUUUAUUAUACAACUAUAUUAACUCAUUAUUUAUCUAUUGAACAAUUAGAUCGUUUAAAUAAUGUUACAGAUAAAAUACGACAAACAUUUCUACAAUUAAAUCAUAUUAUACAUGAUAUUGAUCAAAAUUUAAUUGUUCUAUCGAAAUUAAACAAAAUUGCACCAUAUGUUGCUAAGUUACAAAAACAAUUAAUUCAUUUAAAAACUAUUAUGAAUAAUAAAACUAUAUUAAUUAAUCAAGCUAUAGAAUUAUAUGAUAAACAUAUACAAUUGAAAACACCAAUUGAAGCAGAGAAAUUAAUUAUACAAUAUGGACCAGAAAUUAUGUCAAAAGUUGGACAAUGUUAUCGUUUAUAUUCUGCUAUGAAUGAUAUUAAUAAUGCUAUAUGUCAUGGUAUAAUAAGUAUAUUGAAUGGUUUUUGGUUUUUACUUGGUUGGGUUACAUUAAUUGGUACAUUAAUUAUUAUAUUUAGUUUAUUAUUAUUAAUGCAUAAAUCACCUAUUGAUAAUAAUAAUAAUAAUAAUAAUAGUAAU